GGGGGACAGCGGGGACACGUGUCUGGGACAGGGAACCGGGACAGGACCGGGAUCACCGGGGGAGCCGGGGUGUGGGGCCGAGGGGCUGCGAGAGCCGCGCCCCGCAGGCCCGUGCUCCAGCCCUGAGGCUGUGAGGCGCGGGGCCCCGGUGCGCGGGGUCGGAGGUCUGGGUUCGGGCGCUCCGGAGCAGUUGACACCCCGCCGGCCCCGGCCCGGCCCUAAGCGCUGUCCCUGACCUCGAGGCGCUCCCGGGUGCGGUACAUAGAGCCCGGCCCCGCUCUGCUCCGCCGCGGCGAUGGCCGGCGCGGGGGGCCGAGCCCCGCUGGGUCUGCGGCGGUGGCUGUCCUCGCCUGCCCCGGCACCUCGGGUCUGCGUGGUGGGCAGCGGCCCCGCCGGCUUCUACACGGCUCAGCACAUCCUGAAGCACCAUGGUGGGGCCCUGGUGGACAUCUACGAGAAGCUGCCUGUUCCAUUCGGGCUUGUCCGUUUUGGAGUGGCCCCAGACCACCCUGAGGUGAAGAACGUGAUCAACACCUUCACGCAGACGGCGCACUCGGAGCGCUGCGCCUACUACGGGAAUGUCACCGUGGGAAGGGAUGUGACAGUGCCUGAGCUGCAGCAGGCUUACCACGCCGUGGUGCUGAGUUACGGUGCUGAAGACAACCGGGUCCUGGGGAUCCCAGGGGAGAACCUCCCCGGUGUUUACUCAGCCCGAGCCUUCGUGGGCUGGUACAAUGGGCUGCCCGAGAACCGGGAUCUGAAGCCUGACCUGAGCUGUGAGACGGCGCUGAUUCUGGGUCAUGGCAACGUGGCACUGGACAUUGCCCGGAUCCUGCUGUCCCCACUGCAGCUCCUCAGGAAGACAGACAUCACUGACAGCUCCCUGGCAGCUCUUGCCUGCAGCAAGGUGAAGCGUGUCUGGCUGGUUGGGAGGAGGGGACCUCUCCAAGUCGCUUUCACCAUCAAGGAGCUGCGGGAGAUGAUAAACCUGCCUGGUACCAGAGCUGUCCUGGACCCUGCUGACUUCACAGGCCUUGAAAGUGCUAUCAAAGAUGCUCCUAGGCCCAGGAGGCGACUGACUGACCUGAUGAUCAAAACAGCCCUGGAGAAGCCAGUGGAGAUGCAGGCAGCAGCAGCAGGGGCAGCAGCAGCAGGGGCAGCAGCCCCCCGGGAGUGGGGGCUGAAGUUCCAGCGCAGCCCCCAGGAAGUGCUGCCCAGUGCUGAUGGGAGGAGAGCGAGGGGCAUCCGCAUGGCCCUGACCCGCCUGGAGGGCUCAGGUGACUCUGCCAAAGCCAUUCCCACUGGAGAUGUGGAGGAGCUGGAGUGUGGGCUGGUGCUCAGCAGUAUUGGCUACCGGAGCCUGCCGCUGGACCCAGCUGUGCCCUUCGACAGCCAGCGUGGGGUCAUCCCCAACAGCUCGGGCAGGGUGGAGGGUGUCCCAGGUCUGUACUGCAGCGGGUGGGUGAAGAGAGGACCCACAGGCGUGAUCAUCACCACCAUGAACGACAGCUUUGACACUGCCCAGUCUGUGCUGGAGGAUCUCCAGGAGGGUGUGCUGGAUAUAUCCCCCUCCAGAGAAGGCUUUGGACUUGUGGAGAGCAUCCUGCACAGCCGAGGGGUCCGUCCUGUUUCCUUCUCGGACUGGGAGAAGAUUGAUGCUGCUGAAGUGGCAAGAGGCAAAGCUGCUGGCAAACCCCGGGAGAAGAUUGUGGAUCCUGUGGAGAUGCUGCAGAUAAUCGGUCACUAAGGCAGCAGUGGUGGGAACGUGGCACUGCUCCAGUCGUACCAUCCUGGCAGCACCAGUGGGUCUGGGAGCACAGGGCUUGUGUCCAGGGCUGCUGGUGGCUCUGGAGGGGUGUGUGACACUGGAGCCUCUCUGGUAACAAUGAACUCUGGGCUCCUGAAGUCUCAAGACCAGAGGCUGCUGGCUGGCCUCACAUCCCUGCAGCCAGCUGCCAUUCCUGGGCAUGAUUCUUUCCUGUCUGUCUUCAAAGCAUUAAUGAAUCAUGCAGUGCACUGAGGGGAGGUGUGUGUGUACCUGGGGGACUCCUGGCCAGCCACUUUCCCACAACAAGGUCCAUGGAGGAGCUUCCUUGUGUCUCGCUGCCUCCCCUUUGAGCCACAAGCCAAAUGGCUUUGUUGCCUUGUCAUUCAUGCCAGAGCAGGCAUCUUUUAAUAGUGAUUUCUUUUUUUAAAUAAACCCUUCCAGGGAAGAUAAAAUCGACCUGCAACUUGAGUCUGGCUUUUUUGUCUGCCACUGCCUUAACCUUGGAGCAGCACCCAAAGCGUUGUGGCUCCUGCGACAUCCCAAGGCAAGGCAGCCCCAGGUGCUCUCCACUUGUGAGCUCUACAAGCAGAAGAGGGCAUUCAUUUGCUUUCUGCUUCCCACAGUUAAAUCCCAGCAGAGCCUGGGUUCUGUUUUGUGGGGCAGUUGGGAUAACAACCAUGUAAUUGCCUUGUUCUGGAUCAUGAGGGAUCCUGUGUCCAUCAUUACCUGCAAGUGCCGAUUGGUGCAAGCAGUGCCUUGAGCUCUUUCUCUCCUUUAGCUGGUGGGGUUAUGUUUUUUUGGCCUGUGUGUUUUGAAGCUUAUUAAAUGCUUCUCUUAGCCCAGAUUGCCUACGGUGACGGUGUCAGGUUUUAAGGCAGAUUACAAGCCGUGAGCUGUAAUCUCCUCUUUAUCCGUGGCGCAGGGGCAGCGUCAGCGGGGCCCCUUCCCUGGCUGUCCAACCCCCCCGUGCUCCCUGCCAGAGCACUGCAGGAUUGCCACCCCUCCUCCCCAGCCUGUGGAAAUGGUGACAGUGACAGUGGCUCUGUGAUGGAGGCAGAGGGGGAAAUCGAGCUAGGGCAACCUCCACCUCAGCCCAGCCCUCUCUCACAGCAGAGGACUUGCCCACAGGGCACUGUUCUCCCACCUCAUCUCAAGGAAGGGAGAUCUCUGACUUCUCCCUAUUUUCCCCUUUUUCUCUCCCAUCCUUUUCUAUUUAAAUCUCAUUUGAAAGCUCAUUAAGAAACUCAGGAAAAGUGAUAAUGGGAACUCGUACUCAAACAAGCAAUAAAGCUUUUGUGGAACAGC